AUAAGUUUGAAGAAAGUUUCCACCGCAAGUAUCACGUAACCGAAAACCUCGACGCUGCUCACUCCUGCUUCUACAACUCACUCUCUUUUUCUCUCUCUACGCCGCCAUGUCUCAUUCUGCCUCUAAACAUAACAAAACCAAAUCCAAAAAACUGAACCACAAGAUUCCAUCACUGCCAUCGAUAAUGUGGUUUCGGGGACGACGAAGGACAACAAGAAGCGAAAGGCUUCAUAGUUAGAGGCAGGCUAUGACGACGAACAAUGGGAACGAAAACGUGAAUAGUUUAGAGUUUCAGCUAGAGUGUAAAGAAAAGAAAAAGAAGAAAAAAUUUAAAUCUGAAGAAGACGAAGAACCUGUAGUAAUGGAAAAGAAGGUGGAUGAUCCCAAUGCGGUUUCUAAAUUUAGGAUAUCUGAACCGUUGAGGGAAAAAUUGAAGGAAAAAGGAAUCGAGUCACUGUUUCCUAUUCAGGCUAUGACUUUUGAUUUAGUUCUUAAUGGUUCUGAUUUGGUUGGUCGGGCUCGCACCGGUCAGGGUAAAACUCUUGCCUUUGUAUUGCCAAUAUUAGAAUCUGUAGCGAAUGGCCCGGCAAAAGCAUCAAGGAAGAUUGGAUAUGGAAGGCCUCCAAGUGUUCUUGUGCUUUUACCUACUAGGGAAUUGGCCAGUCAGGUGAAUGCUGAUUUUGAAGUUUAUGGUGGCGCAAUGGGAUUGACUUCUUGUUGUUUAAUUGGAGGAAGUUCAUAUCAAGUUCAAGAGCUUAAGAGAGGUGUGGAUAUUGUUAUUGGCACACCGGGCCGCAUAAAGGAUAAUAUAAUGCGGGGAAAUAUUGACCUGAGCCAAUUAAAGUUUCGAGUCCUCGAUGAAGCAGAUGAGAUGCUGAGGAUGGGUUUUGUUCAAGAUGUUGAACUGAUUCUUGGUAAGGUAAAAAAUGUUGAAAAUGUUCAGACACUACUUUUCAGUGCUACUUUGCCAGACUGGGUUAAGAAUAUUGCUGUAAGAUUUCUUAAGCCAGAUAAGAAAACUGCUGACCUUGUUGGAAAUACAAAAAUGAAGGCUAGUACCAGUGUUAGGCAUAUUAUUCUUCCUUGUACCGAAUCUGCUAGGUCCCAGCUUAUUCCAGACAUUAUUCGAUGUUACAGCAGUGGAGGUCGAACAAUUAUAUUCACCGAGACACGGGAAUCGGCAUCGCAACUUUCAGGGUUGUUGCCUGGAGCAAGAGCUCUCCAUGGUGACAUACAGCAAGCACAACGCGAGGUUACUUUGUCUGGCUUCAGGUCUGGGAAAUUCAUGACAUUAGUUGCCACAAACGUGGCAGCACGGGGUCUGGAUAUUAAUGAUGUUCAGUUAAUUAUUCAGUGUGAACCUCCAAGGGACGUAGAAGCCUAUAUCCAUCGUUCCGGGCGCACAGGAAGAGCAGGUAACACUGGAGUUUCUGUUAUGCUUUAUGAUCCAAGGAGGUCAAAUAUAUUGAAAAUAGAGAGAGAGUCAGGUGUAAAAUUUGAACAUGCAUCUGCCCCUCAGCCUAAUGAUAUCGCAAAAGCUGUUGGUGGGGAAGCUGCAGAAUUGAUUACUCAAGUGUCUGAUAGUGUGAUUCCUGCAUUCAAGUCUACUGCUGAGGAGCUUUUGAAAAACUCUGGUUUAUCAGUAGUUGAAUUACUUGCAAAGGCUCUUGCCAAGGCUGUUGGUUAUACUGAGAUCAAGAAAAGAUCUCAUCUCACUUCUAUGGAGAACUAUGUUACAUUACUUCUUGAGACCGGGAGACCUAUCUUUACCCAAACUUUGGCAUACAAAAUCUUAAGGAGGUUCUUGCCUGGAGAUAAGGUUGAGGCUGUGAAAGGUCUUACUAUCACUGCAGAUGGAAAUGGAGUUGUUUUUGAUGUACCAGCUGAAGAUUUAGAUACAUAUCUUGCUGGUAAGGAAAAUGCUUCAGAUGUAAGCUUAGAGGUGUUAAAAGCUUUGCCACUUUUGCAACAGAGAGAUCAAUCAAGAGGAGGAGGAAGAUCUGGUGAUGGUAAUGGUCGCGGUGGGGGGAGUAGGUUUUCGGGUGGGAGAAGUGGUGGCGGCAGGAAUGGUAGAAUUUCAAAUGAUCGAUUUUCAAACGGUGGUGGUAGAGGUCGCGGCAACUCGGGCGUGAAGCGAUGGUGAAGCCUACUGGGAAUUUAGGGGGCAUAACUGGAUGAGGCUCCCGUGGAGAUGACUACUUCAGUUGUGAAGCUGACAGAGAUGUUCAUUGUUCAAUGUGGGAGAGCUUUAACUGGAUGAGGCUUAGUUGUGACUGAAGUUCAUUGCCUUUGGAGGAUUCAAGUUCAAAUGAGCACAAUGUGUCCCCUAUCCAUUAACAUAAUUUAUUUUAGGAGUAGUAUUUUUCCUCUGAAAGAGAGGUAUAGUGUUGAUUUUUUCAUUCAUAUCGUUUUCAUUUUUUUUCCUUUGACUUAGAAAUACAAGUUUUUUUUUCUUCUA